AUGAAGUUCAUCUCCGCCGCCACCGCCCUUUCCGCCGUACUUGCUGCUAAGGGCGCUGCUACUGGCAGCGGUGAAGCCUGUGGUCCGAUUACCAGGGGACUGGCCAACUACGAUCGUCCUUUCGUCCUGCCCCUUUACAACGCCUGCCUCAACUCGCUCGACAGCACGCUCGAGGCCCACGAGAACCCAUGGAUCAGCAAGACCUGUGUGGCAGCUGCCAUCGCGGCUACGGCCGAUGAGAUGGGCCGUGGUCUCACGUGCGACCACUACGAGAACGUGACGGAGCGCUCGACUUGGCCGAGCUUGGACUACAACGUCUACGCGUCCAUCGUUGGCGAUUGCGCCUGGGCUUCAGGAGGUUGCCCGAUCACGCAGCAGAACUUCAUCGACCUUAUUUAUGGUACUAUCUCUGAGACGAGCGGUGGACCCUACCCCGACUCCGCUAACACGCUCAUCACCUACUACCUUGACCCGAUCUUCACCUGGACGGCUUUCGACGCCUCUCAGGGUAUCCCUUACCUUAACUUCAACGACUGGCUUCACUGGUCUGGCCCUUACAGUCACUGCUACCCGUAUGCAUGCGACUAG